CAUAUAGCAGCAUACGAACCUACAGAGUUGAAAGCUCCUCGUACUCGCACAUGUGUUGUUGUUGCGAUGUGCGAUGGCGCAGUGUUUGAGCGCGCGAAGAGUGGUGAUGUAGAUCAGUUGAGAUUGCCCGUGUGAAUGACUCUUCUGUAAAUCGUGUAAAUAUCGUUGAAAACUGUCGUCAUGUCACUCCCUAGGGAUGUAAAUGACUUCAACAUAACCGACGAUAACUUUUGGGACGAAUUCGACGACGACUGCGCAGCAUUUUGCGAAGCCGAUGGAGCCAGCAGUGCAUCGAACAGAGGUCCCGAAAUGCAUGCUAAACGCAAAGCAACUGCGGGUGUUUGUAAAAAGAGCUCUACGAAGCCCGACAAGGCAAACGACGAUAACUUGUUUGUUGCCACGGGCCUGUGUGCUGAGGACCUUCAAAACUGCUUCGACGAUGAUUUUGAUGAGUGCGCCCAUGAAAGCGAGCCUAAAAAGAGGCAAGGAAGUCGCUGUUUGCCUUCCUGCCCUGCUCCGAACGGACUACCGGAGAUCCCAUCGGACAUGUUCGACGACGAUUCGGUUGGUUGGCUCGCAGAAGAGCCUGAGAUUGUGCCGAGAAAGCGGAAGUUCCCGGGCCCUGCUGGCAUACUUCCCAAGUCGCGUUCUUCACUGCCGUUUCCUGGUUCUGGAAUGACCACCGGCGAAGUAAGCUCCGUGAAGCCAGAACCACCUGAUGAUUUGCUUUGCACUCCAUGGAGUGCUGAGGCAGACAACCCGCUCUCUCCUUGGCAACGUUUAAGACAGGAUCUGGGAAUGGAAAAUGUGAAAAAUAGCAAGCUGAAUGAGUACUCCAUUGCCUGGGUCCUCAAGAUGAAACGGCUACAGCAGCUUCCUCGUGGCAAAGUGCCAGUUCUCUGCACCUCUAUCAAGAAUGUUGCAAAAGAUAUUCUCACACUUCGUGAUGGUACAGGUGAGAUUCUUGCAACUAUUGACAAAAGCUGUCAAGAUUACAAGUACUGCUUAAAAGCAGGUGCUGCCUUUAUUCUGAUGAAGGCAAGUGUCUACGUCAAUGACCACAGCCAGCACUGCCUUGUUCUAACAAAGCAGAAUAUUGCCCAUAUCUACUACAGCUCUGAUGACGGUGGCCCUGAUAUCAACAGAGUCGAUGUCAAUCCGAUGACACUGCAAGAGCUAGAGUGCAUCUGUGCUCAGCUGGAGCGUGAAGCUCUCGAAGAUGCUGCGAAACGUCAGGCUCAAGGUUCAGGACACCGAAACCCCAAUCUGGGCUGCAGUUCUCCAUACUUGGAAUCUCGUGCCAGGAAUUUUUCGUCUGUGCAGCCUGGUUCCACAAAUGGGAGAGCACAGUGGAAUCAGGGCAGGGGGAGUGCAAGUCCGAGUCUCUUUUCUAACAAGGGAAAUGUUGGUGCUCAAUCACGAACCAGGGAUAGUAAAGCAGGUUCGUGGCAAACACGAGUAGAAGCAACAGGUGCAACUCGCACGUCACACAGUACCAUGAUAAGUGCAAGACCUAAGCUAGCUCAAGGAGCAGGAACAAAGAGGCCAAGUGGAUGGCUAAACGAUAAUGCAAUUCACCCUGAUCAUCCAACGGCAUCACCGUGCCCCCCAAAAGUUCCCGCAUACAAGCCACCAGUACAGCCGUCAACAGCGAAUUCUAGCCCCAAGCCGCCGUGUGCUGUGUCACCCGUCGUCAGCUUGCUGAAAUCGGCCGCUGCAAACAAGCCUCAAGUAGCAGCACAGCCCUGUGCUUUGAACAAUGCAACUCCUCCCAAGUGUGUGGUGAACGGCACAUCAGCAAAUGCUGCAGCUGAUUCCUCCAAAUUGCUGGCCCCAAGUGAUAAUGACACAAGUGUGGAAGAACUUCAGUGGCUCGAAGAUGACGCUGAUGAUAUCUUUCAGACCAUCGAUGAUGUGUGCCUUGUUUAAGCAAGAAAA